AUGCCUUCAGCCUUGGCUAUCUUCACUUGCCGCCCGAACUCUCACCCAUUUCAGGAGCGUCAUGUCUACCUGGACGAGCCUGUCAAAAUCGGCCGUUCGGUGGCUCGCUGUCGGCCAGCUCAGAAUAAUGCUACUUUUGACUGUAAAGUGCUGUCCAGGAACCAUGCCCUUGUCUGGUUUGACCACAAGACAGGCAAGUUCUAUCUUCAAGACACUAAGAGUAGUAAUGGUACCUUCAUAAACAGUCAGAGAUUGAGUAGAGGAUCUGAGGAAAGCCCACCAUGUGAGAUUCUAUCUGGUGACAUCAUCCAGUUUGGUGUAGAUGUGACAGAGAACACGCGGAAAGUUACCCAUGGAUGUAUAGUCUCCACAAUAAAACUAUUUCUCCCAGAUGGUAUGGAAGCCCGGUUACGGUCAGAUGUCAUCCAUGCUCCAUUACCAAGUCCUGUUGACAAGGUUGCUGCUAACACUCCCAGUAUGUACUCUCAGGAACUGUUUCAGCUUUCUCAGUAUCUACAGGAGGCCUUACAUCGGGAACAAAUGUUGGAACAGAAGUUGGCUACCCUUCAGCGACUGCUUGCUGUCACACAGGAGGCUUCAGAUACUAGUUGGCAGGCUUUAAUAGAUGAAGACAGACUACUAUCAAGGUUAGAAGUCAUGGGAAACCAAUUACAAGCCUGUUCAAAAAAUCAAACAGAAGAUAGUAUACGAAAGGAACUUGUAGCAUUACAGGAAGACAAACACAACUAUGAGACAACAGCCAAAGAGUCCCUGAGGCGGGUCCUUCAGGAGAAAAUUGAGGUGGUCAGAAAACUCUCUGAAGUGGAGCGAAGUUUAAGUAACACCGAAGAUGAAUGUACUCACCUGAAAGAAAUGAAUGAGCGGACUCAGGAAGAAUUAAGAGAAUUAGCAAACAAGUACAAUGGAGCUGUAAAUGAAAUUAAAGACCUCUCUGACAAACUAAAGGUGGCAGAAGGAAGACAAGAGGAAAUCCAACAGAAGGGACAGGCAGAAAAAAAGGAAUUGCAACAUAAAAUAAAUGAAAUGGAAGAGCGAGAACAAGAGCUUCAGGCAAAAAUAGAAGCUUUGCAAGCAGAUAAUGAUUUCACCAAUGAACGGCUAACUGCUUUACAAGUACGGUUAGAACACCUUCAAGAGAAAACUCUUAAAGAACACAACAGUUUAGGCAUACAAGUUGAUGACUUCAUACCUAAAAUUAAUGGGAGCACAGAAAAAGAGCACUUUCUUUCAAAGAGUGGAGGGGACUGCACUUUUAUUCAUCAGUUCAUAGAGUGCCAGAACAAGUUCAUAGACGAAGGACAUCUAACCAAAGUGGAAGAAACAAAGCUUUUGAGAGAAAACCAAGCAAGAGCAAAAGAAUCUGAUUUGUCAGAUACUCUUAGUCCAAGCAAGGAGAAAAGCAGUGACGACACUACAGAUGCCCAAAUGGAUGAACAAGAGCUAAAUGAACCUAUUGCUAAAGUAUCUCUUUUAAAAGAUGAAUUGCAGGGUGCACAAUCAGAAACAGAGACUAAACAAGAAAUUCAGCAGCUGCACAAGGAGCUGAUUGAAGCCCAAGAGCUAGCUAGAACAAGUAAACAAAAAUGCUUUGAACUUCAAGCACUACUGGAAGAAGAGAGAAAAGCAUACCGGCUGCAGGUUGAGGAGUCCACCAAGCAAAUACAGUUUCUGCAAGCCCAGCUGCAUAGGUUGCAGGAAGAUAUUGAGAAUCUUCGUGAGGAAAAGGAGAAUGAAAUUUCAAGCACUCGAGAUGAAUUGCUAAGUGCUCAAGAUGAGAUUCUGCUACUUCAACAAGGGGCAGAAAAAGCUGCAUCAGAACGAGACACUGAUAUUGCUGCUUUGCAAGAAGAGCUGCAGGAGGUGCGGGCUGAACUUGAACGCUGGCGGAAAGAAGCCUCAGAAUACGAAAAAGAAAUUGUCAAUCUUCAAGACAGUUUCCAGCUGCGAUGUCAGCAGUGUGAGGAUCAGCAGAGAGAGGAAGCUACUCGUUUACAAGGUGAACUUGAAAAGUUGAGAAAGGAGUGGAGUGAUCUAGAAGCUGAAUGCCUCUCCUUAAAGAAUGAGAAUACUUUGCUUGCAUCUGAACUUCAGCGACAAGAGAAGGAGCUUCAUAGUUCUCAGAAACAGAGUUUAGCGCUAACCAGUGAUCUAAGUGUUCUUGAAAUGACCCGAAAGCAACUUGAAAAUCAAGUGGGAUCUUUGAAGGAACAACAUCAACGCGAUGCAGCUAGUCUAAAAACUCUACUCAGUGAAGCUGAGAAUCAAGCAAAGGAUGUUCAGAAAGAGUAUGAAAAGACACAAACUGUACUCUCAGAGCUGAAGUUGAAGUUUGAGAUGACUGAGCAGGAAAAGCAAUCAAUCACAGAUGAGCUCAAACAAUGUAAAGACAACCUGAAGCUGCUACAAGAAAAAGGAAACAAUAGACAAUGGCCUUGGAUGCCUCUGAUGGCAGCUUUGGUUGCUGUAACAGCUGUGGUGCUGUACCCAGGCCUAACCAGAGCUUCUCCAUGAGAACUGUUGUUGAAUCCAUUCACCGUCCUCCCUUUAGAAGCUGGCAUCAUUCACAUACUGGGGAAAAAGAGAUUAAUUAUCUUCCUUUUUACCUCUUAAUACAACAAAGCUCUGCGCGAGAACAGUAGUAGGGUCAUUGCUUUAAACUGUAUAAAAUGUAUCUGUCUAUAAAGAGGGAAUAAA